CGCAGACGCAAGCAAGAAUGAUUAUUACUACAAUAUUUUUCAACUUGAUAUGAAUUUAAAAAUAAGAUUUUAUUUACAUAAGGAUGCCCGUUAUUUCUCUAAUAGUUUUUUUGUAUAAACAACAAAACUAAUAAAAUUGUUUUUUGACUUUUCUGUGUGUGUUUUGGAGGUGUAAAUAGACUUAUAAAAAUGGUAAAAUUCACAACUUCUCCUGUGCCAUCUAAUUAUCCUAGAAGUACUUCUCCGUUGCCUGCACCAGCUAAUUACCAACCAUCUACACCUAGUGCGGCGGCAAAACGCUACAUAUAUUUGAGAAGAUUGUUCAAAUUCAAUCAAAUGGACUUUGAUUUUGCCGCCUGGCAAAUGGUAUAUUUGUUUGUCUCGCCACAGAAAGUAUUUAGGAAUUCCAAUUAUAGAAAACAUACUAAAUCACAAUUUGCCAGAGAUGACCCCGCAUUUCUAGUUUUACUGAGUGUGUGGCUUUUCUUAUCUUCAAUAUGUUUUGCACUGGCUAUGGGACUUACAACAAUACAAACAGCAUUAUUUGUACUAUAUGUUGUGUUUGUAGACUUUAUAGGAGCUGGGAUAUUUAUGUCAACAGUAUUAUGGGUUGUAAGCAACAAAUACCUACGAAUGGACUCUUCAGCCCCUGAUGUAGAGUGGGGUUAUGCAUUUGAUGUCCAUAUUAAUGCAUUCUUUCCACCCUUAUCGUUAUUGCAUUGCUUUCAGAUAUUACUUUUCAAUGGCCUUCUAAGUCAUGGCGGCUUACUCUCAUGCUUUGUUUCAAACACAUUUUGGUUGGCUUCCUUCAUAUAUUAUUUGUACAUCACAUUUCUGGGAUACAGCAAUCUACCAAUGAUGAAGAAUACUCGAAUAUUUCUCCUGCCCCUACCUUUACUUGUGCUGCUCUAUUUAGCAUCACUAAUGGCAGAUUGGAAUCUAAGUCAUAUGCUAAUGAAUUUUUACCAUUACAGAGUACUUUAAUAAAUAUAUAUAUAUAUCCAUAGAUAUAUAUAGUGCAAAGUGUUAUUACAUGUAAAAUCUGCCUUAAAAACUUAGUAUGAAAAAUAUAAAACUACUUAGUUUAAGAAACUAAUUGUCUUUGAAUUGGUUAUCAUUUGCACUAAAUAAAUAGUAACAUUUGGAUUUAAUUAUUCAUUAUUUAUUGUAAAAGGCAGGAAGGGGAUAAUAGAAUCCAUUUCUUUAUGUGUUUCAUUGUUUUAUUAAUGAUUUGCGACGAUAUUCUAAAAUAAUUAAUAAAUUCUGCAACUACAUACAAUGGAUAUUAAAGUUAAUUAGGUAUUGAUAUGUGAAUAAACCCUUAUGAGUAAUUUUAUGAACUCAAGUGAAGGCAAUACAAUUUAUUCAUGUUUGUAAACUUUUAGUAUAAGUGUUUUAUUUAAAACAUUAUUAAUAUAUUAUAUUAAAGAUAUACCUACUUGUUAUUAUUGUUUGCCUUUUGCUACAUAUUUUUUUAUUUGCUUUAGGAGAUCAUUUUGAUAUCUUUAAUGCUGUUUCAGUUCUUCAUAUUUAAAUAAAACUCAUGUAUGGGUUUAAAUAAAAAUUAAUACAUACGUAUAUUCUUAGUCAAUGGCUUGCGGGGCACAACUCCUGCGAAGCAUUUAAAACAAUGGUUAAGCGAUUUAAUAGUUUCGCAAUCAAACACGUUACUUUCAUUUAUAUUAAUGCAUAUAUUUUCUAAGUUACAUUGGAAUAACAAGAUUUUAAAUAAGUGUAUGAAACAAUAAUUAAAAUUAUGUAAAUGUAUUAAAUAUUCGUUAUGUUAACUAGACGCGAAAUAUCGAACGUUUUUCAAUGUACAAUUUUUGUCUUUUUGUAAAUACUAAUAUGUACAUUACUUAAAAUAAA